CCCUGCUAACCACUUAGUACAGACUACGGAGUCCUCCGUGGCCACUACUUGACAGACAGGCUGUCUUCCCGAGAUCUGAUUUGCUACAUGCUAGAGGAUCUGGGCCAUGGCUUUGAUUCUUCUCAGCGCUUUGAAGGCGGUGGUGGGGGUCUACCCUUGCCAUGCAGCCAUACAAAGCAGGAGAACUGAUUACUGGAUUUUUACCCACAGUUCAGUUGCUACUAGCCUGCUACUGGAACCGAGGAACGAAGGAGGAGUCCAGAGCACCUCCUCCUCCCCCAAGUACGUAGGACCGUUAUUAUCCGCAGUGCGAAGCUCCACUCCCAGCAUCAACUGAAGUACAUAGUAGUAAGUACUAGAUACUUAGAUACGGAGUAGUAGUAGUAAGUACUCCGUACUAUCAGUAUUCGGUCCUUACCAAAGUAUAAUUUUCCGACCGGUGUAUCUGCGAGAUCGACAAUAAGCAUUGUCGGGAUUCGAGGGUGCGUACGGUACUAUAUAAGCUUCCAUUGUCCCGUGCCCUAUAUUCUCCGUACCUAGGUUGGUGUUUGGGGGUUUCACUUUUUUUUUCUUUUUUUUUUUUUUU